UCGCCAGCUGGCGCAGCAGCACGGCACAACGCAGUAGCUACCAGGACUGCAGCGCUGCUGGGUCGUGCUGCAAAGUGAGAGCCGCCGUGUUUGGGUGCAAGCGAGGUUAUUGCUGAGAUCACUUUGCAGUCAGCAGCUCGAUGAGUGACGGUUGUGACAGUGGCGGUGGGGACACCGGCGGAGGUUGCGACAGUGGGGGUGGCUUCUCCGGAGGCGGAGACUCCUCCUGGAGCGGUGGGGGCGGCGGUGGAGACCAUGGCAGCAGCGACAGCCACCACCACUCAUCCAGCCACUGGGACAGUGGCAACCACACGUCCAGCCACUGGGGCAGCGACAACAAGACCGAGUCCAGCACUGACAACAACGAUUGGUGGAAGUCGUAUGGGGCUGGAGCCGGAGCUGACACAGGAACUGCUGACAACGCGAACUGGUCGAGCACCACCAACUACAACGAUGACAGCAGCCAACGCAAGCGUGAUAAUCGUAGGGGAGGGGGAGGCGGUGACUGCUGCAACCUGUUGUAGCAGCAGCAGCAGCAGUCUCAACCCCACUGGUCAGCAGCGCCGAAGGAUGUCAUCAGCGCUAACCAACUCCUGUUCUUGGGAGUUUUGAUUUUGCCACAUCGAGACAUGGAAUAUGUCCGUUUAUAAACUUUCGUCUCCGAUUAGGGAGGCAGAACAAUUUUAUACAAAUAUUUCGUCUGUGGACGGUCGAAUUAACAUAGAACAUGCGUAGCAUUUGUCUAGGCUUGGGAAUUCAAAUUAACUACACCAAAAACAAAGGACCAAAUUAUUUUAAUAAAGAAGAGCUGGUGGUCACCAGAUUAAUAGAAAUGAGUUGUUUUGUAUUCAGAAUCACUUAAUCCAUCCAUUCAGCUAUUAGACUUCUUCAAUAGCAAUGUCACUUUCUACAAGCAAGUAGUUUAACUUGCUGCAGACCAGGCACUAAUCACCAUCCUUGGUCAGCUCAGACUGACUUCCUCAUUCUGUUAAGACUUGCUCUGUGCCUGUACUGAUUAAGAUUUGUGUCUGUGAUUGCAAAGUUAGCUGAGUGGCUGCCAAGUAACCUGCUACAGUCAUAGUCUAUAUUUCUGUUUCUUCGUAAGGGUAAGUGCUGUGUUCAUUUAUGCUGUAACCAACAAAAAUGUGUACAGUGAUUUGUGGAACUUAUGAAGUAAGCCAUAUUUCAUGCUAGCUUUUAGUGGUAAUCUACGCUGUCAAAGUUUUCUGUCCUUACUGUAGUUUGUCACUUGGCUUCAUUCAGAACAAAAAAAAGUUCAUUUAAGCGCAGAUCAUCAGUGUUAACAGUCGAUGGUAUACAUCAGUCUGUGCACUGUUCACAUGCUGGUAAAUCUGUUGGUGGGAACGUUAAAUUUUGUAUGACAUUAAAGCUGCUGGAGGCUCAUAACUGACAGAACAAUUAGUCUGUUUCAGUUUUCGUCUGGCGUUUUUGUGCUUUGUCUUUGCACAGGGAUGUGCGUCUACUGUCUACUGCGAUCAGUCUCAAAGAAAGAACAAUCCUUUCUGUCAUCACCAUAUGUAAUAAUUCCAAGUUUCCUAGUAGCUUGUCAGAUAUUACCAUUUCGAAGGAACUAGACCAGACAUGAUAAUUAUGAAAUUAGGAAGUUUAAUUCCUUGUAUGAAACUAAAAAAAAUGCGCUUUGAUCCUGCUGUGGUCCACUCUGAAAUAUUAAUUUUUUUGUGAGAAAAUUAGCUGUAGUUAUACAAUUAUUUUAAUGACCAAUGUGUUUCAAUUCUUUUGAAGAAAGAAAGUUGUCUGGAGUCAUCAAUAUAGCGAAAUUUUGACCCUUUCGUUCAACAGCAACAUGAACUAGUUACGACACAAUAUUUCUGAAGCAUGACACUGGCAGUAUUUUUCUCAUAAUUAGAUUAUUUUCACUUUACUUUGUAGCUAUAAUGUGAUUUGUAUGAAAUCAUGUAAUUCUUGCCGAAGUACCAGUCCAAGAAAGUGAGUAUGAUAAUGGUGUGGAAGCUCCAGGUGACUGUACACUUAUUUCAGGAAGUUUAUCUUUAGCUGUCGUGGUACCUGUGGCUUUUCAUAACCUCAGCAAACUAUUUUGCUUUUAUUGUCAUAGAUUAUCGAUAGAUGUUUGAUCUAAUCACUGUGAAAGUAAUGUUGUAAGACAAGAAAAAGUGCAAUUUUUUUCUUGGAAUGCUGGCUAACGGUCUUCUUCCAUAUGUUAUUGUUUCUUCAUGUAUUUUGGUCUUUGCAUUUAUGUAUUUUUUGUGUAUCUAACAGUAUUCUUUUACAUGUACUACAUGAUAUCUUCGUGAAUGCUCAUCUUUCAUGCACUAAAUUCAUGUAAUGUGUCAAUUUGCAUCAGCAGCUGAGCGAAUGUACGCAGUAUGUCACUCGCUUGUAGCUGGAAUAUGUAUAUCAGUAUCAGUGUUUGACGAAAUUGUUCAACCCAAUGCACCUUCAAUGUAUGAAUUUGCAAUGAUUUAUUAUAAAUGUUCUAAUUGGCAAUGUCAAAAUAAAACAAUAUACAAAUGA